AUGGCAGACUCAGGCGACGGCGAUGAACGGACCCCUUACUCGGCCUACGCCGUCAGCAUCUAUCAAAACGGCAUUAUGGCAGGCCAAUUGCCAAUCGUAACGACGGAUCCCAACGGCCUGCAGGCCCAGGCCAAGAAGGCCAUGGGCCCCGAGUCCUUCAACUACGUCUUCGGAGGCGCUGGCGAGCUGUCGACUAUGGACGCGAACCGUCUGGCCUUUCGCCAGUGGAAGAUUGUGCCUCGCUUCCUGAGACCUAGCAAUCCUCGGGAUUUGAGAACAGAGUUGUUUGGCGUGACUUAUGAGUCUCCCCUUUUGAUGGCCCCCAUCGGGGUCCAGAGUAUCUUCCAUGAGGACAAGGAGACAGGUCUAGCAGCCGCCUGCGCCGAGUUGCAAGUGCCGUACACGUUAAGCACGGCGGCGACCUCGACCAUUGAGGAGGUCGCCAAGGUCUGUGGCGACCAGCACCGCUGGUUCCAGUUGUACUGGCCCAUGGACGAUGACAUUACGGGAUCGAUUCUCAGACGCGCCAGGGCCAACGGGUACAAGGUUCUCGUCGUGACUCUCGACACUGUGACUUUGGCUUGGCGACCGGCCGAUCUCGACCAGGCAUAUCUGCCCUUCAUCACGGGUACAGGCAACUCGGUCGGCUUCAGCGAUCCCGUCUUCCGCAAGAAGUUUUCCGAGCAGAAUGACGGCGACCAGGUAGAGGACAACAUCAUUAGCGCCUCCCGGUACUGGAUCAGCCAGGCCUUCCCCGGCGAUCACCAUUCAUGGAAGGAUCUGGCGCUCCUGAAGAAGAACUGGGACGGGCCCAUCGUUCUUAAAGGCGUGCUGAGCGUCGAAGACGCCAAGCUCGCCGUCGAGCACGGCGUGUCGGGCAUCAUCGUCAGCAACCACGGCGGCCGACAGCUCGAUGGCGGGGUCGCCUCACUGGAGGUGCUCCCGGAGAUUGUGGAAGCCGUGGGCGACAAGCUCACGGUUAUGUUCGAUUCCGGGAUCCGAACUGGGGCGGACAUUGUCAAGGCGAUCGCUCUGGGGGCUAAGGCCGUCUUCGUUGGCAGACCCGCCAUCUAUGGCCUGGGCAUUGCGGGUAAAGAGGGCGCGAAGGCUGUCAUUGCAGGGCUUCUUGCUGAUCUGGAUUUGACAAUGGGACUCUCCGGCUUCAAGAGUCUCUCCGAGCUCAAGCCUUCCAUCCUUCGGCAGGUUCGGUACGGUGGGGAUAUGAAAGCUAACCUGUAG